UCCCCAACACAGUUCUUCUCCCAUUUUAUUUCCCUACAUCAAAUUAUGAAAUGUAUCGCUUAAGACGACAUGCACGACACUUAUCCUGGAAGAAUCCGAUCUGAACCGGUUUAGUCCGGGGCUGGGAGGUACUGAGAUUCUUAACCUCAGGCACAUCGCGCCGUCUAGACACCGAUGUCACUGGGUCACUGUGUUUACGUUUUGUUGUCUCUGCAUGUUGGCACGGGUUACUAGACCUGGGAGAAAUUAUUUUGAUAUCGCUAGCUGACUGUCAAGACACAUUUGGUUUCCUAGCUCGCCCAUAUGAAUCAUUCACAAGCUUGCUAGGAAACGCUACGUUAAUUCACCUCUUGAUUAGCUAUUCUAAUUAUGUGAUACAAGGCUUAUGAAAAUAACUAGCUUGCUAGCUAACUUGCUAAUGUUCUUAAUUGGUUUGCCAAUUAACUUUGUUGUGUAUUUGAAAGAAAAAAAAAGGGUACAUAUGCAUCAACUGUAGUUAGCUGGUAUAAAAACUGCCAGGUGUGAACUUUUUCGAUUUAUUCUGUUCGCCGGCCCCGGCCCCGGCCCCCCCCCCCUAAAAAAUGGACUUUCGUGGGAAAAAGUACGAGCGGGGUAGCAACUGGUCUGAUCCAGAGGUGGUAGAAUUGCUCCAGCUAUGGGCUGACGACUCCGUCCAAAUUGAGCUGGAGAGUUGUCUGAGAAAUCAGCACGUCUUCAAUCGGAUUGCGGAGGUUCUGCGCGAGAAGGGAAUUCUCCGCACCGGGGACCAAUGCAGGGAGAAAAUAAAAAAAAUGAAACUGGACUAUCGGCGCAUCAAGGACAAUCAAAAGACCGUGCGCGGGGGCCGGACGUGGAAGUUCUAUGAAGUAAUGGAUCGGGUGUUGACUAAUCGGCCGUCUGUUUCGUACUCUUCCCUGGGGGGAACUGUCAUAUCCCACCAAGUGCUCCAAGGAGCGCCCGGUUCGGACGCGUUCCUCCUGCACAACCUCCCAGCGGCUGCGUUCGGCUCCCCGUCCUCGGGUUCCCUCUUGUUCGGACACCCGCCCAAGCCGGGGGAUCUACUGGAGAUCAAACGUGAGGACGUGGACUCUGACGACGGGCUGCUGAACUCGGACCCGCAGCCGCCCGAGCUGCUAUACCAGAUAGCGCCGGGAGACGAACCAGACGCCGACAGUAAAUCUCUGGGUCUUGAUCAGGAGGACUUGACGGAGAUGGGACGCGGAGAAGGGGUAGAGAACGCCCGCUUUUCUCCUUCAGGCUACAGCGAGCAGAACAUGGCCAGCUCCUCAGGAACCGGAGGCUCCACGGGGGGGCCCCCCGCGGCGGGGGGCAGAGGGAGAGGAGGAGGAAGAGGAGGGGAGGACGGGGACGGGGACAGGGACGGGCUGGAGCCCCGGGGGCCCCGGGGGCCGGCCCCGCUCUGGCAGCGGAAGAGGAGGCGCGUGGGGUGCGGAGGCGGGGCGGCGGGAGACGGGCGGGCCCGGGCGGGGCUGGACGCGGCCCUGGUGCGCUUCCUGGGCUGGCAGCGCGUGGCGGAGGAGCGGCUGAUCUCGCUGGAGGAGGCGCGCAUGGAGAGGGAGGCGGAGGCCGAGGAGCGCAGGGAGCGCAUGGAGGCGCGCCGCGCCGAGCAGGACCGGCAGCACGAGCUCCGCCUCUUCACCGCCUUCGCCUCCGCCCUGUCGGCUGUCUGCCCCGGGGCCGCCCAAAACCUCGCCCAUACCCCCGCCCAAAACCCCGCCCAGCCCGCUGGCCCCGCCGUCCCCGAACGCGACGCCCAAACGCCCCGUGACAGCGUCUACCUGUCGUCCCGCGGGAACCUCAUGGACCAGGCUGUGGGGAUUCUGCACGAGGGCUUCGCCCUGUACCAGGCUGACAAGCACGACUUCGACAGCAACCGCGACGGGAUCAUCAAUUUGGGAACCAGUGAGAACAAGCUGUGUUACGACCUGCUGUCUAAACGGCUGACCCAGGCAGAUAUGUUGCACGUGGCUCCAGCUCUCCUGGAGUACCCUGACCUGAGGGGCCAUUGCUUUCUCAGAGAGGAAGUGGCCAGUUUCCUGACUGAGUACUCCAAAUCUUCCAGUCCACUGAAGGUUGAGAAUGUUGUUGUGAUGAACGGCUGCACUUCCCUGUUCUCCUGCAUCACCGCGGUGAUCUGCGAUCCUGGUGAUGCUGUUCUCAUCCCCACGCCCUUCUACGGUUCGAUCAAGGAAGACGUGGGGCUGUACAGUGGCGUGCGGCUCGUUCACACACACCUGGACUGCGAGCCGAGCGGCACUGAGGGCCGGCCUUUUCUGCUCACCACCGACAAACUGGAGCAGGCCAUGGAGCAGGCCAAGGCAGAGGGUGUGCGGGUGAGAGCCGUCAUCUUCAUGAACCCCCACAAUCCUCUGGGAGAAAUAUACUCCGGCCAGGAAAUGACCGCCUUCCUGGAGUUUGCCAAGCGGCACGAGCUCCACGCCAUCAUUGAUGAGGUGUACAUGCUGUCGGUUUUCAGCGAAUCAGCCGCCUUCCAAAGUGUCCUCAGCCUUGCCAGGUUGCCUGAUGCCCAACGGACACAUGUGCUGUGGGGUCUCAGUAAGGACUUCGCAGCAGCCGGACUGCGUGUGGGCGUGGUCUACUCCCAGAACCAGGACGUUUUGUCGGCGAUGGCCCAUCUGGGCUUCUUCCACGUGAUCGCGGGUAUUGCCCAGCACCAGGCGGCCAUGCUGCUCCGAGACCGGGACUGGGUCAGCCGGGAGUUCCUGCCCCAGAACCGGGCCCGGAUGGAGGCCGCGCACCGCUACAUUUCCGGAGAGCUCCGGAGCCUGGGCAUCCCCUUCCUGAACCGGCCCGCCUGCUUCUUCAUCUGGGCCGACCUCAGGAAGGUGCUGUCAGAGCAGAGCUUCCCGGCGGAGAGGAAACUGUGGCGCUGCUUCCUGCGUCACAAGAUCCUGGUGAGCCCCGGAGAGGCCUUCAGCUGCAGCACGCCCGGCUGGUUCCGCAUCAUCUUCACCGACCAGGAGGACCGUCUGCGGCUGGGCAUGCAGAGGCUGCGGAAGGCCCUGGCGGAGCUGGGGUGGGUGUCGGAUCAGCAGGAUGCGGUCUCCGUGGGACCGGGGCGGGGGCUGGAGAACGGGGACCAGACACCGGGCCUCGGGAACGGCGCUGAUGAGGUCGCGUCCAAACGGGACAGUCCCGCCCCCCCCGGCGCCGGCGCCUCCGCCUCAUUGGUCGAUGAGGAUUUAGUCGUACUGGACCGCCAAUCCUCUCGGCUGGCCUCUGGCUCCUCCCUGGACUCUCUGAUUGGCACCCUGAGACGGCAGAUCCGCUCCUGCGAUUGGCUGGAGAAGAACACCCCGGAGGUGUCGGCCGGGGAGGAUCCGGAGCUCUUUGACGUGUUUCGGGACCUGCUUCACCGAGCCAGGAAGUAGAACCGGACCCCCGGGGGGGGGGGUGGGGGGGAGAGAGAAGCUCCCUCGGCCGUUAAAUCCGUCCGCUCUGGACUCCCACUGGUUCUGCUGGUCACCGGGGGAAACGCUCCUCUGUCGUUACUGGGCCUUCGUCAGGGUGUCUGGUUUCUAUGGUAGCGUUCACCUUCGGCCAUCUCGCAGUGCUCCGGCCCUGCUGGCUGAAGCAGGCCUACUGACGAGCUUCACAGCCUGACCUUUG